GAACACAUUCACUCAUUCACACACUAACUCAGUCGUCCACACAAGCGCAUGCUUCUGCCCACCGCCACACAGACUUGCGCUGGCAUCUCGGAGGGCAGCCCCAUCUCCAGUCCAGUCCUCCCGUGUCCAAGCUGAUCGACCCGCUCCACUUCAGUUCACCUGACCUCUGAGACAGAGCCUCCCCCUUUUCUCCAGCCUUCCCGGGGACUGAAUUGAAUCCUCGGGGCCGUCGGUCAUCCACACCUCCGGGCGUUGAUCGACACAAGCAACGGACCAGCAGCACUAGCCUGUGGGGCCGAGGGGGAGCAGCAAGAGUCCAAUAUACAUCUUUUGAGGAUACCUGUCCUUGUCUGACCCAAGCUGAAGUCCACACCGUCAACACCUGAGGACCGAGGACCCUGCAGUGGAGCACAAUACUUCCAGUACUGUAGACUGUCACAUUUAUUUGUGGGACUAUAAAUUGUCCAUCUGCAACAAACAGAGACUGAAAUAAAACAGAGACAAAUCCAUCUGAUUUAAACAACACCUUUCAUCAUGGCAACCACGGGCAUGCAGCUGCUGGGCCUAAUCAUGUCCCUUGUUGGGUGGGUGUGUGGGGCGGUAGUCUGUGCCAUCCCGAUGUGGCGGGUCACUGCCUUCAUUGGUAACAACAUAGUGACGGCUCAGAUCAUUUGGGAAGGCCUCUGGAUGAAUUGCAUUGUGCAGAGCACGGGUCAAAUCCAGUGUAAAGUGUAUGAUAGCUUGUUGGCUCUGCCCAGUGACAUGCAGGCUGCCCGAGGCCUCACCGUGUUCUCCAUCCUGAUCUGUGGCCUGGCCCUGUCUCUGGGGGUCCUCGGAGCCAAGUGCACUAAGUGCAUCGGUGUAAACAGCCAGAAGGCCCGUAUUGCUCGCAUCUCUGGCGCCCUCUUUGCCAUCGCAGGGUUCCUCUACCUUGUCCCCGUCUGCUGGACUGCCAACUCCAUCAUCAGGGAUUUCUAUGAUCCACAUGUGGCGGCUCCACACAAGCGUGAGCUCGGCCCUGCCCUUUACAUCGGCUGGGGGGCUUCAUCCUUGCUCCUCAUUGGGGGAUCUCUGCUCUAUGCCGGGUCAAGUCCCCCUGGCCUCCCAGGCUCUCCCACCUUCAGCAGUGGAGAAAGUAGUCCUCGCAGGGCACCGGCCUCUCAAGUCAAAGGUUAUGUUUGAGUUUCCAACAUAUCUGAAUGCCUUCAAGUCCCUCAAAUGCACCCCAAACGAUGACAAACCUUAUUCCUCACCAUUUGAUUUUGCUCCUUGUAAUUAUUUUAUAUUUAAUGUUAUUCCAGUUAGUUUUUUUCUCUGAAAAGCCACAGGAGGCUGUUUGGCGAAAAUUGAACUCAUUUUAUUAUUUCAUACCUGAUAUUCUUCAAUAACCUUGUGUUUCUGUAUGUCGGUGUAAAACACAAUAAAAGUUUUGGUCCUCCAAAUUCUCUAC